AUGGUGCUGAGUACAAGUACUCCGAUCGGAGGUGGCGCUGGCCGUUCGUUUAGACCUCGCACGCCGCGUGCCGGUGGGAAGUUGAUUGUGGUCAGUGCAGAUAUUAACUACGAUUCGGAGCCUCCGAACAACAACGAUGGCAACAAUAAUCACGUGCUCAGUGUUCCCGGUGAUGAUGGCCCGGUGGCCACGGCCGGGGCGGAGUGCUCGUCGGGGGUCAUUAUCGGUAAACCGGUCAAUUUGAUGCUGUCGAAGAUGUCGCUGCUGUGGAACACGAGUGGCUGGCUGCGGAUCUACUGUGGACCGGAUCGUAGUGAAAUUACCUCCGAGGAUCGCAGUCGCAUGAUACAUGUUGUCACGACGGCCACCACGCUCGACGUGGUCAAAGAUAUGAACCUGCCCGGUGACUACACACUGUGGGUCCAAACGGGCGGUGGCAGGACGCGCCGGCUGGAGGAGAACGAGUACCCGUUGCUGGUGCAGGAGGAAUUCCUCCGGUCGCUGGGGUACUUUGACGAGUCGCGCCGUGCCCGGCUCGGUAUUGACCCGGAGUUGAAGCAUCUGAUCCGGUUCCACAUAGGCCCGGCCGAGAUACCGAUGUGCAAGGGCGUGCUGCGUUCGGGCACGGUCGAGGUGCUCAAGGGGCUCGUGUUCCCGCAGUGGCGCCGCCGUCAUCUGGCGAUCGUCGGCAGCAAGCUGAUCCUAUACCCCGGUAAUGCGUCGUUUCCGCCGGAAGUGUACGAACUGGCCGGAGCGAACGUUUUCGAGCAUGCACCGUGCGACAAUCGGCUCGUGAUCAAAAUCGUACCGAAGGGCAUCGACAGUGGCUCCAGCUCCAGCGCCAGAGACAGCCUGGACCCGGGCUCGUCGAUCACCAGCGUCGAUUUCGCCGACGGUUCCGGUACGUUUGGCUUGUAUCCCGGCUCGAGCGCAACCGGUGCGGGAUGCUCCAGCCAUCCGGCGACGGAGUCGGCCAACGAUCGGGACACCGUGCUGUUUCUGGGCUUCCGCGAAUCUUGGGAACGUGACCAGUGGAGCAUUUGGCUUUCGGUGGAUAAUCCAGACCGUAGCACCAACCACCGGUUGGAUCUGGAUGAUUCCGGGCUACAGCAGAUACCGGACAUCUUCCUGCAGGCCCCAAACGCCGUCGAAGAGCUGCUGGCAGGGCGCAACAAACUGCAGGAGAUUGCACUCCGUGCGUUAGGACAGUUCAUCUACCUGAAGGUGCUUCGGCUGAACGGAAACGGUCUGAAGGAUUUCCCCGACAGCCUGUACAACCUGCGGAACCUCCGGCUUUUGGAUCUGAGUGAAAACGAGAUACGCAAACUGCCGGACAGCGUGAGCGGGCUGAAGAGCUUGGAAGAGUUCAGCAUCGAAAGGAAUGAGCUGCGGGAGCUGCCCGAGGCCCUGCAAGGAUUAGCCAGUCUGCGGAUCUUGAAUGCGGCCUACAAUCAGCUCGAAGAGCUGCCCUCCUUCAUGGUGAACAACAUGCGCCCGAUGAGUCUGUUUCAACGGAACGACUCACUACGGAACGGGCAUCAUGGCACGCAGGCACAGCUGCGGGACGCGUUUCAGAAGGGCGAGGAGCGCCCGACCACUGACCAGCCGCUAACGAAGGUUAACCUGCGCGGCAACCAACUAAAGGGAAGCAUCAUUCUGGGGAACUACGGGCUCCUGACGCAGCUGGAUGUGAGUGAAAAUUCUAUCGAAGUGAUGGAUCUGUCCGCACUGGACAAGCUGGAGACGAUACAGUGUUGCCGGAACAGCUUACGCGAGCUGACCCUCAGUGGGCGGAACCUACACUCGCUGAUUGCCGGCAAUAACAAUCUUACCAAAAUCUCCGUCCGGGCAACGCCAACCCACCUGAAGCAUAUGGACCUCAGCCACAACUGUCUGCAGGAACUGCCGGACUGGUUGGUCGGGUGCCACCAGUUGCGGACCCUGUACGCGAACAACAAUCAGAUUCACACGAUCUCGGAGCAUCUGCUUAACAACGAGCACGCCACGAUCCAAACGCUCCAUCUGGCGUACAACGCACUGACCACCUUCCCACCGAUGGUCAAACGGAAGCUCCCGCUCCAGAAGCUCUACCUCCAGUGCAACCUGAUCGAGGAUCUGCCCGAAAACUUUUUCAUCGCUUGUGAGCGGCUGACCAUUUUGAACGUGUCGAGCAACAAACUGAUGACGCUGCCUAUCAUUUUCGGUUCCAACUGUAGCCUGGAGCGACUGUACGCGACCAACAACUCCCUGACGGAUCGCGUGCUCGAUUCCUUGAUCUGCCUGCCGCGGUUGCGGGUGCUCCACCUGGGGUACAAUCUGCUGACCACGAUGCCGGAAACGUGCAUCAGUUGUUGGGGCGAUUUGGAGGAACUGGUGCUAUCGGGCAACAAGUUGCGCCACUUGCCGGACAAUCUGGCCAACGCGGCUAGCUUGCGGGUGUUGCGAACGCACUCGAACCAACUGCAAACGGUGCCGAGUUUGGGACGUACCAUAACGCUUCGGGUGCUCGAUCUGGCCCACAACCAGCUGGACAAGGUGAACAUUGCGUCGCUGGUGCCGAGGAACCUCCAGUUUUUGGACCUGUCCGGCAACCGUCAACUUCAGGUUGACGCGCAACAGUUGAAGGCUUGCCGGAAUCACCGGCCGAUGGCGCUGGUGGAUGUGUCGGGGAAGAAUCGGCCGUCGUUACCGACGGCACCGCUCCCGUACCAGGAGCAGGAGGAUUACGAGCCGUGCUGGAAGGUGGGUUUCGCCGAGACGAGCGGCUGUCUGCCGAAGCUGUGCAUCGCCCAGCUCCGGCUGCCCGGGUUCUGCAACUCCGAGGGGCUGUUCGGUUUGUUCGAUGGCGAAACGAGCAAUGCCAUCCCGAACCUGCUGGUGAAGGCUAUCCCGAAGAUACUGCUCGAGGAGCGCACGGUGAAGGAGACUUCGAAUGACUACAUGAAGUACACGCUGCUGUCGGCGCACCGGGAACUGAAGCAGCGGGGCCAGCAGGAAGCGGUUAAUGUGACGCUCUGUCACAUCGCCCGCAGUCGAGUGCCGAGCGAGGCCAUGGCCUACCUACCGCAAGCGGUGGCCGCCGGGCGUAAGUUCAUCCUUCGGGUGGCCACCGUGGGCGAAUGUUCGGCCGUGCUGAUCAAACACAACCGCUGUGUGCUGCUGAAUAAGGGAAGCCCUCAGCGGAAGCUGGGGCUGAGCGCGAACUUCCCGGUGACGGUGCCCGACCCGGAGGUCCAGGAAGUGGUGUUGAGCGACGCCGACGAGUAUCUGGUGCUGGGCAACCGCAAGCUCUGGGAAGUGAUCACCAUGGAGACGGUGGCGGACGAGAUCCGCAAGGAGGACAACAUUCUGCUGGCCGCGAAACGGGUGCAGGACAUUGCGCAAAGCUACGGAGCGGAGGAGAACCUGAGCGUGAUGAUCGUGCGCUUCAACAACCUCGGCACGGACGUGGACUUUCUGAUGCGCGAACUGCGCCAAACGAUACGCAAGAAGCCGUUCCCUCCGAGUCUGAUCUCGGGGUUUUGUAAGUGUGGCUGCUGCUGUGAGACCAACAACAAUUGCUGUCACUCGGCGGCGACGGCGGCCGCGGUUCAGUUCGUGCGGCAUCCUUCCGGGCGCAGUGAUCGAUCUUCGCCCAGCGGACAGAGUGAUCAAACGAGUGGCAGCGAAACGGUUCUACAGGGUGGUUUGCGCCCAAAACCGGACCCGGCAGGGACGGUAUCCGACCGGGGGUCGGUAGUCAGCCGGCGGCCCAACAAUGCGUAUCUGGCAAACGAAAGGCGCAGCCUGCGGGGUGGCGUCGUACGGGCGGUCCGGGCCAAGAUCGAGGAGGAGAAGGAAAAGGACAUGGAAGAGUCGGACUCGGCCAUGUCGGAGGAACAGUUCAAGUGCUGGGAGUACAUGCUCGAGCAGAACACGCAGCUGCUGUUCGACAAGGAACUCAACACCAUCUCGCGGGGCUUCGUCUCGAAGCGCCAGGCCCCGUUACCACCGUCCGAUUCGGGCACCACCAACUCCUCGGCGUCGACCGCUUCCGUGGCCAGCAAUCUGACGAAACUGCAGCUGAAGAACCUCUCGACGAGUUCGCCCCAGUUGGCGCAACUCGGUGAGAGUGACAGUGGCCUAAACUCUUCGAUGGCCAGCGGCUACAGCACGAUGCUGAUGACGACCGCCCGGGCCACACCGUUCCUGUCGAAGCAGUUCGGAUCGACCCGUUCGUUUCAUCCGGCCUCCUCCCAAAGCUACUUCAAACCGAUCCAGUACAACACGGCCAACGCGAUCCGGCCGCGGCCCAUCAACACGGGCCCGAACGCGGCCUACUUUGGGUCGCUGCAGCGGCUGAUGCCCUACAACCUGGAGUAUGGCGACAUGGCGACCGUCCCGGAGCGGUACGGAGGAUCGAACGGAAACGUCGUCGUCGAGGGCAAUUCGACCCUCGAGCUGGACACCAUUGAUCCGGACGGGGGCCGGAUGCGCCAGUACUGGGGUGUGGCCACCACGGAGCUGUAG